AUGGAGUUCUUCAACAAGGCCAAGGCAGUACGGCUCCGGAGCUUCCACGGCAAGUACCUGGUCGCUGACGAUGACGAGGAGACGGUCCACCAGAGCAAGAACGGGUCCUCCCGCAGCGCCCACUGGGCGGUCGAGUACGUCGCCGGGAACAGCCACGUCGUCCGCCUCCGGGGCUGCCACGGCAAGUACCUCGCCGCCACGGAGGAGCCUUACCUCUUCAGCAUUUCAGGCAAAAAAGUGGUGCAAUCGAUUCCCCAAUCCAAGAACGACAAGUCCAUCGAGUGGGAGCCGCGGAAGGACGGGACGUCCGUGAAGCUGAGGGCGAAAGGCGGGAUGUUCCUGCGCGCGAACGGGAGCAUGCCGCCGUGGCGGAAUUCGGUCACGCACGACAUCCCCCACCGGGCGGCCACGCAGGACUGGGUGCUGUGGGGCGUCGACAUGGUCGACCUCGUGGUGGACCACCAUGCGGCCGACUCUGCCCACGGCCAUCUGUCGACUCAUUCGAGCUGCGUGUCGUCGUCCUCAGAGGACGAGCACCUGGACCCGGGCUCGGGGAGCGCCACGGGCAUGGGCAUGGACAUGGUGGUCUCGAGGAAGCCGUCGCACAUCUCUAAGGGCGGCAUGGAAUUCUUCACCAAGGCGAAAUCCGUCCGCCUCCUCGGCCACCACGACAAGUACUUGCUGGCGGAUGACGACGGGGAAUCCGUGUGCCAGGACCGCUGCGGCUCCGUCAGGCAGGCCAAGUGGACCGUGGAGGUCGUGGAAGGCGCCGGCGUUGUGCGCCUGAAGAGCUGCUACGGCAAGUACCUGACGGCGUCCAACGUGCCGUUCCUCUUGGGGAUGACGGGGAAGAAGGUCCUGCAGACUCUUCCAACCCGGAGAUUGGAUUCGUCCCUGGAAUGGGAACCCCUCAGGGACGGGGUCCAGGUCCGGCUCAAGACACGAUACGGCAAUUUCCUGCGCGCGAAUGGGGGGUUGCCGCCCUGGAGGAACUCGAUCACGCACGACAUUCCACACCGGACCUCAACCCAGGAUUGGAUUCUGUGGGACGUCGAUGUUUUGGAGAUCAGGGAACAGCCGACUACUUCGUUGCCGGAGGCAAAAUUGGAUCAUGAUUCAAAAUCAUUGCUCCCAGAACUGGACUCUCCUUCCUCGAUCGAGCUCCGCUCGCCGAAAUCAUCGGAAUUAGAGUGUAGCGAUUCGUUCAGUGGUUCGGCGAAAGCUGAAGGGAGGAUGAUCUACUACAAAGUUGCCGAUGAAGACGGAAACACCGAGGAUGAGAAUGAAGAGCUUUCGUUCACGUUCAUGGGUGGUAGAUUGGAGGAGCUGGUGCAGAAAUUAGAGGAAGAGACCGGGCACGAGGAUAUCAUGGUCUGCUCUCAGUGGAACAAGAAGCUAUAUCCCCUCCGGCUACAGCUUCCUCCCAAUAAUGCAGCAAUGCACGUCGUGGUGGUUCCAUCGUCAUCAAAAGCGGCGAGAGAUAUCGAAGUCCCAGGGAGUCUCAGUUCGAGGUAACCGUGGUGAUCGGCCUCUUCAGGGAUAAACCGCAGAAAACCUCAUGUACUUUCUGCUUCUCAGGCGUGUACAAGAUUCAGAGAGAGAGACAGAGAGAGAGAGAGAGGCUUCACGUUUGGGUUGUGGGUAUGUAUUUGAUGCAGGUUUGAAUUAUGGAAAGAUCGUUUUGCCGUCUUCGCCGUAUCGAUUCUCCGAGUAGAUUAGUAUGAA